GUGAAUUUUUGUGAAAUUCGUGUGGGGUUGGGUUUGGUUAGUCGUCAGGGGGCUGUUUUUCCGAAAAAUGCCCAUCGUCGUCGGGGCGUAUUUAUCGACCGAGUUUUUGAGGUUAGCAAUCGUUCCAUUAUAGUGACAGUUGUGAGCUAACCUCGCCAUAAAACCGUGAAUGUUUUUGUGUUUGUGGCGGAUUUGGUGUUUUUCGUGCGGUGGGGGCGGCGUUUUUGUCUCCGUGGUUGGAAAUAUGUGAGGAGCAACUCGGGGCGAAGUUGUGAAAGUUCAUUGCAAAAUAAUUUUACACGCCGCCAUUUUUGCGAUGCGAGCGUAGGAGGGCACUUGGAGGAGCAUGGCACCUGUCCCAAGACCAGGCAGCCUGAGGGACCCCGAAAUCGCCGAGCUGUUCUACAAGCACGACCCGGAGAAGAUCUUUGAGGACCUGAGGGAGAUUGGCCAUGGCUCGUUCGGGGCGGUUUACUACGCCAGGUGCACCAUCAACAAGGAGAUUGUCGCCAUUAAGAAGAUGUCCUAUACGGGCAAGCAGAGCCUGGAGAAAUGGCAGGACAUCCUGAAGGAGAUCAGGUUCUUGAAGCAACUCAAGCACCCCAACACCAUCGAGUACAAGGGGUGCUACCUGAGGGAGAACACCGCCUGGCUGGUCAUGGAGUACUGCCUCGGCUCCGCCUCGGACAUCAUUGAGGUGCACAAGAGGCCCCUCAUGGAGGAGGAGAUCGCCGCCAUCUGCGAAGGCGUCCUCAUGGGGCUCAGCUACCUGCACGAAUUCGGACGAAUUCACAGGGAUGUGAAAGCCGGCAAUAUCCUCCUGACCGAAAACGGCACAGUAAAGUUGGCCGACUUCGGUAGCGCUUCAAUCAAAUGUCCCGCCAAUUCAUUUGUCGGAACGCCGUAUUGGAUGGCACCGGAAGUGAUUCUGGCGAUGGACGAGGGCCAAUACGAUGGCAAAGUGGACGUAUGGUCGCUUGGCAUCACUUGCAUCGAGUUGGCCGAGCGCAAGCCGCCAUAUUUCAAUAUGAACGCAAUGGCGGCCCUCUAUCACAUUGCUCAAAACGAAUCGCCAACGUUGCAGUCUUCCGAAUGGUCCGACACUUUUAAGCACUUUGUUGAGGCGUGCCUCCAGAAAUCGCCCGGUAACAGGCCGCCGUCUUCGAUGCUUCUUACUCACAAUUUUGUGACACGGACACGCAGUACGAAUGUUUUGAUUGAUUUAAUUCAACGGACGAAAGCGGCAGUUCGGGAUUUGGAUAAUUUAAAUUAUCGCAAAAUGAAGAAAAUACUCAUGGUGGACAGUUGCGAAACGGAGAGUACUAUUGAUGUGGAUGAUACGCCUGAUGAACAUGCUGGAGGUGAUAGUUCGAAGAGUAAUUCGGUCACGUCCGAACAUUCGGUACAUUCGGUGGGCGUGUCGGCGAGUAGCCAAUCAAGUAGCACGAAUAGUCUGCCGGCUGAUGGUACGACGAGGCGCCACCGCGGCUGUUUCAACCAUGUGGCCGCUGCUGCCGCAGUGGGCGAUCACGGAACUAAUAACUUCGCCACAAUUCGAACUACAAGUAUUGUUACCAAGCAGCAGAAGGAGCAUAUGCAAGAGGAGAUGCACGAACAAAUGACUGGGUACAAGAGAAUGCGACGUGAGCAUCAAAGUGCCCUCUUGAAGCUCGAAGAGAAGUGUAAAAUGGAGAUGGAGAGUCAUAAGAAUCAGUUGGAUAAGGAAUAUGAAGCACUGUUGCAGAGUUUUAGUAAAGAAUUGGAGAAAUUGCAAGCGAAACAUCAACAGGAAUUGGAAAGGCGGUUGAAACAGAAUGCGGCGAGUGAGAAGAAGUUGGUUAAGGAUAUUACGAGUCGGCAAGAAAGUGACAGGAAGGCGUUUGAUGCACAUAGGAAGAAAGAGUACAAGGCGAAUAAAGAGAGGUGGAAAAGGGAGCUGUCACAGGAUGAUUCCACGCCGAAACGGCAACGGGAUGCGACCUUACAGACGCAUAAAGAUAAUUUGAAGCUUGUGGACGCUCAAGACGAGCAGCGAUUACUCAGAUGCCAAAAAGAAUAUUUAGAAUUGGAAGUACGCAAAUUCCGUAGAAAAAAACUCCUCACUUAUCACAACUUAGAACAGGAUUUAUUGCGUCAGGAAUUGAAUAAAAGACAACAACAGUUGGAACAAGCCCAUAUGAUGCUUCUACGGCAUCACGAAAAAACCCAAGAGCUGGAAUAUCGCCAACAAAAGGCCGUACACGCAUUGCGCGAAGAACAGGUCAAAAACCAACACGACACCGAACUGGCAAACCAAGCCGAAUACAUGAAGCGUUCCGAGCGCGAGUUGCGCAAAAAGCACGCCCUCGAAGUAAAACAACAACCAAAGUCACUAAAACAGAAGGAAAUGAUGGUCCGCAAGCAAUUCCGGGACACUUGUAAAGUCCAAACAAAACAGUACAAGGCACUGAAAGCGCAAAUCCUCGCCAAUACGCCGAAGGAAGACCAGAAAGCCGUCAUAAAAAAACUGAAAGAGGAGCAGCGCAGGAAGUUGGCGCUGCUAGGCGACCAAUACGAGCAAAGCAUUGCCGAGAUGCUGCAAAAGCAGUGCUUGCGAUUGGACGAGAGUCAGGAGAGCGAGUGCCAACAGAUGAAGGAGCGGCUGCACUACGAACUGGAGAUUUUGAUGGCGUAUCAGAGCAAAAAUAAAAUGCAAGCGCAAGCGCAAAGAGAUCGCGAGAGAAAUGAACUGGAAGAGAGGGUGGCGGUGAGGAAGUCACUUUUGGAGACGAAAAUGAAUUCAGAAACGCAACGGUUUCUCGAAGAAAGGGCCGAAAGGAUUAGGAUUUUGCAUGAAAGGCAAGAGAGGGAUUUGGAGGAGUUUGAUAACGAGUCGGUUCGGCUCGGGUUCAGCGCUCUGGCGAUAGCAGAGAUAUCCCGUGAGAACUACGACGACGACGGCAGUCUGUCCGGGUCAAUGCUAAGUCUAGCUCAUUCCAAUAGCUCUACGAGCUUUCCACCCGGUUCGGUGUAGUAAGAAUUCGUCUCGUCUCCUCAGAGAUUAACAUUAAUUUUCAAUUGCCUAUCAGAUUAAUUUUAAUCAUUAAGUGUAACUACGUUAAAAAGACUAACAAGUACCGAAAACCUGGAGGUAUUUACGCUUAAUUCGAGCAAUAAUAAUAGCGAUCACACGGCCAGGAGGGCGACUCAGCGGUGAGGGAUAUUAUUAUUGUCCUAUUGGUUUCCUUUGUCUUUUUUGAUAGCAGUAUUUAUUGAUUAAAUUAUAGAAGAAUAACUGUAUAUAGUUUCAUUCUUUUCGUUUUAGUCAUGGUAAAUGUAUUCGUUUGCUAGCAUGACAAAAUCAAAUCACUGUUUCUAGGGACAGUAUUUAGUAAAGAAUAGUGCAAUUUAUCUCUUAAUUUCGUUAGUAUUUAAUCACAUCACAACUAUUUUCGAUGUUAAGAUUGUGAUAAUUACAAUUCUGAUUACUACUCAUGUAAAUUCAUCGCCCGUAGAAGAUGGAGAACAGUUGCUUUUUAGUCAGUCGGUCGUAAUGUACAUAUUUACAUACUGUACUGAAAGGUUAGUUGUAUGAGCAACGAUUUCGUUCGGCUGGUAACUAUUUAUUUUCGCUGUGGCUACCAAUAAAACAUAACAAGAUGUAUUUUAUACGUAAAUAAAAAUUAUUGCUUUAACUGUUU